AAUGGCGUAUGACACAAAAGUUAGAGAUCUUAUUAAGAAAAAACAUGAGGAAGGAUAUUCAUAUAGAGAGAUAUCGGAAAUGAUGAACAUUCCUAAAGCAUCCAUUCAAUAUAUUCUCAAACCAACAUAUGUUAAAAGUGGAAAUGUUGGAAGACCUAAAUCACUCUCAGAUAGAGAGAAAAGUCUCAUUAAAAAAGAGAUAAUGAAAUUAAAGAAUGAUUCAAAGAGGAUAACAAGUACUAAAAUUUCAACAUCCUGCAAUUUGAGCGUAAGCCAAACUACUUUGCAAAAAGUCAUAAAAGAAAUGUUAGAAAAAGAUAAAAAGAUUCCACAAACCCCUCGAUUAAAACAGAAGAACAAAUUGGAAAGAAUAAAAAAAUGCAGAGAUUGGUUUGAGAAAGCAAGAAAAUUUGAUCAAAUUAUAUUUUCUGACGAAUGUAGCUUCAGUCUGGGCGGCCCAGAUAAGUUUCUAACCUGGCAAUUUAAUCCUGAAAUAGAAGUAAGAAGAAGCAGACACUCAAAGGUUGAUGGAGGAGUUAUGAUUUGGGGAUGUAUGGGGCCGGAUGGAUUGUUGUACAUUUCUAGAAUUACGGACAAAUGUUCUAAAGGGUGGUACUUGUCCCUUCUCAAAAAAGAGGUUCUACCUUUUUUAAGCAAGCGUUAUGGGAAAACUUUUAUCUUCCAACAAGACAAUGCUCCGUGCCACAAGGCAAAAAUUGUUGUUAAUUAUUUAAAGCAAGAAAAAUAUAAUAUUCUUGAAUGGCCAUCUUGUUCCCCAGAUCUAUCGCCUAUUGGAGACGCUUGGCACAUAUUAAAGAAUAUGGUGUACGAUGGCCGACAGUUUAAAAAAAAUGACGAUUUAUGGGAAACUAUUCUAGAAAAUGUGGAAAUAAUAAACAGAGAAAAGAAACUAGAUCUAAUAUCUCUUCACAAAUCCCUGUUAACUAGAGGACUAAACUGUAUACAAAGAAAUGGUUUCGGCCUAGAGGGAGAUGUUUUUCCUAAUGUUACAUGCGAAGGUGAUACGAUGAGGAUAGAAUGCGCUUCAGGUUACGCAAUAAAAAUACUCCACGCGUUUUUUGGCAGGGAACAGAGUAUAGUAAGACCAGAUUUCUGUUUAAAUCAAGGAGAGUUUGCUGAUCCAACAGUGAGGUGUUUCUUGGAUGUGAAAACUUUAGUAGAAUACAAGUGCAAUUAUGAAAGAUAUUGCGAUCAAAAGGUUGAUGGGAAUUUAUUCUCAAUAGCUAAGGAUAUGGGAAGUAAUUGGACUCCAAGUGAAUGUCCGAAAGAUACAAAACGCUUCCUAAUGGUUGACUAUGCUUGUGAAAGAAUAAAAAUAGCAGAAGCGUGCUACGGAGAAAAGUUAUAUGCGAAUUGUCCUAAAAAUUAUAAAAUUAAGCAACAUUCUGUCUUCUUUGGAAGAUUAGACGGAAAAACAUGUUUACCGAAGAAUAAAGAGUUCUAUUCUCAAGCCGAAUAUGGAAUUAGGCAGAUUGAUAAUUAUUAUCUAUGCCAUUAUAAUCAAAGCAUAGUAUCAAGUACAAUACAGUCAAUAUGCGAAGAUAAAGAAACCUGCAUCUUUAACGUUCAUGAAAAUUUACUUGAAAAUUAUCCAUCUCACCACGAAAAUAAAUGUCCGAAAGAUGUUCAAACUUAUCUACAAUUUUAUUAUGUUUGUAGUCAUCGUUCAAGUAUGAUUCAAGAUUUAAAAUGUUAUGGAGAAACAUUUCAACCAUCUUGCGGAAAAGGUUAUUUAAUUAAUAUAAAAUCAUCUUUCAGAGGACGAUUAACACCAGCCGAUGCCCAAUGUGAAACGGAACCGUUAGAAAACUUUAAAGGACCAUGUCAAACGGAAUUGAUUACUGCCAUAGCGCAAAGUAUUGAAAAAUGUCAUCUUAAGUCAUCUUGUAGUUUACCUAAUACUGAUACAUUUUGGUCCAAAUUGAAUGCAACUAAUCGAGUUUGUAGCGAAAGCGAUAAACCUUUCAUGUUUCAUUUAUACGAAUGUAAACCUAGGAGUUCAAUUAUUGCUUGUCCCAAAACUGCACCAAAAACAAUAGAAUGUCCUAAGAAUUAUGCAAUUAAACCUAUUUCAGCAUUCUUCGGUCGUCAUAACGACGUCAAUUGUCUUGAUCCAAACGAAGAGAUAGAAAUGGAAACUGCCUGUUUCUCUGACUCUGAUAGAGUAUUAUCAAAAGUUAAUGAGAUAUGCCGAGGAAAGAGGGCGUGUAAUUUAGAAGCAAAUGCGUCAAUCUUUUACGAUGAAAGUACAGAUUCCCGAAUGAGAUGCAGAGAAGAGAUGUUUUAUAAACAAUAUCUAUGGGUAAAUUAUGAAUGCAGCCAAACUAAAUGCUUAUUUCUAUCUGAUAAAUUGGAAGCUGAAAUAGAACAAUGUAUAAGCGAUUACAAGAAACUAUGUAUUCUAGACAUGUCAGACAAUUGUUUUCGAACUUCGUUAAAGAGUUUAGAAGACGAAAAAGACUGUUUGACGUAUACAAGACGGUUGAAAGCCUAUUACGAGUACUGGUUACCUGCUCAUAAGAAGACAAUGUGUAACUUUCCAAAGUGUGCUUUUAAUUUCGCUCGAAAAGUGCCAGAAGUGUCCGAAAUCUAUAGAAAGAUUGCUGAUCCACAAAAACAUUACGUAAUCGAUCCCGUCAAAUGUACAUUCAUAAAGGAAUAUGGUAAAUUAAGUAAAGAAGGAUCAUUACUGGAGCAAAGUUGUCCAGAGGGAUCAGCAGCUGUAAUGACAUUCUAUGCAGAUAUAUUUGGUAAUUUUGAAGAUAAUCACGAUGCAAUAAUAAAAGGAUGUCCGGACAGUGCAUCAAUUAUGGAAAAGAUUGGAUCUCACAACCAAUCGUCAAAACAGGGUAUAUCAUUAAUCGGUAUCAUCAUUUGUUUACUAUGCCAUAUAUCUACGAAUUGGGUGUUCUAUUUCUAG